GCCGGAGACGAUAGGAGAGUAUCGUUUUAAACAUGCACUCUGAUAUCAUAAAGAGAUCGGUACCCCAAACUCACAUAAAUCCCAAAAGAGGACCAACACCGCGCUCGGCUACUAUCUUCGGUGCCCUGUACUUGUAUGCUAAGAUGAUGCCAUGCAUUUCCGCGUCAUGGCCCACUCUUGCAAUUGUAGUUUGUCCGCUCACCUAUUCUUACAUCUGCAUCCGUUCCGAACCCAACCUGUGCGACACGGACAAAUUCCUGUCGCCACUUGUGAAUUCCCGCUGUCUUCGAUCUUCGAGAGCCCCCCGUUUGGACUUGAUGUCAAGUCAGCAUCGACCUGAACAAAAGAUCCAGUUCUGUUGAAGAGAUUCUGAACUAUGUCCAGCUGAUGAGAUCUUUACUCCACAAGUAUUCAACUUUUAGCCACAUCGUCAUAGGACGAAAAUAAGAUUCCAAUGGACAGCAGGACAAAACAAUCUGCAUUCACCAGUCCACGAGCAGACACCAGCCCAAGCAGACGAUGAUAGACUGAACUGCGAUUGCUCUCCAUUUGCAAUUCGUUAUCUCGACUUGCCAUUCGCCACAACUCCAGGAGACUUUGUGAAUUACAAAGCGAGACGCCGGCUCCGUUAUAAAGCUCGGCUGGCAACAGAAAAACGAUGGAUUGAUUAUAAGUCCUGUGUCGAGGAAAAUACGUCCGGGAGACUUUGUGGAUUGCAAAGCGAGACGUCGGUCUGUUAUAAAGCUCGGCUGGCAACAGAAAAACGAUGGGUUGAUCAUAACUCCUGUGUCGAGGAAUAUACGUCGUCACUGUG